AAACCGAAAGUAUGCAGCGGGGGUUAAACUUUCGCUUUCUGUUACGCAACAAGCGCGCAGUGGGGGACUUCACUUUACUUUGUGCGUCGACUUUCUAAUAUUAUCAUCUUUCAUCUGAGUCUCCAUUGGGAUGCAAUUCUGGUAGCAAAUUCGCUGGAGCGAGCUGGACCCGGAAACCUUUGAGAGGCCCCCGCCGAGUGUCAUGAAGAUGGACGAAGGGCCCAAGACGUACUUGAAAGAGUGGCUCAUAGCUCAGGUGGAGAGCGGCGCCUAUGAGGGUUUGUGCUGGGAGGACCGGGACAAAACCAUGUUCAGGAUUCCAUGGAAGCACGCGGCCAAGAAGGACUACAAGCAGACCGAUGAUGCUGCUCUAUUCAAGGCCUGGACCUUGCACAAGGGCAAAUACAGGGAAGGGCAGGAAAAGGACACCCCCACGGUGUGGAAGACCCGUUUGCGGUGCGCACUGAACAAGAGCACAGACUUCGAAGUGGUCCCUGAACGCAGCCAACUGGACAUCUCUGAGCCUUAUAAAGUUUAUCGCAUCCGGCGAAUCAUUACAAGGGCCUCCCACAUUGAGUCUCCACAGAUAAAGACGCACAUGAUAAACCAAGUUAAGGCAUCACCAAGGAGGACUGGUUUCAAAGAAGGGCAGAAGGAAUCAAUUCAUGCUUGCGAAGAAGAACCAGAAGAAGAACAAAAAGAAGAACAAAAAGAACCAAAUAAGAGUUUCACUGUUAAAACUACAACUGGCCAUACAAAACCACAAAAAGAUGAUUUGGAGAUGGAACGUAUGGAUUCUGAGGUGACUGGGAAAACAAGUCCCUCUCAGCAUUUUGCAUUAUCAAGGUUCUGCACCUCUUUCCAGACUAUAAAAGAUUUUCGAAUGCAGGUGGAAAUGUUGUACAAAGGCCAACGGGUGGUGAACUGUACCACUAAGAGUCCAGAGGGGUGCUUCAUCCUGCAGGGUGGUAUCCCUUUCGGAAGUGAGCGUAUAUACGGGCCCUGCACCACGCAACAGCUCUCUUUCCCUUCCCCAAACGGCAUGCACAUGCCCUCAUGCGUAGCGGAAACUAUAAACCGACUUCUCUGCCAUCUGGAAAAGGGUGUACUCUUAUGGGUCGCCCCCGACGGGCUUUUCAUCAAGCGGUUCUGCCAGGGCAGAGUGUACUGGAGUGGGCCCAUGGCCCCGCACACUGACAGACCAAACAAAUUGGAGCGGGGGAAGACCGUCAAAUUGCUCAAUACAUCAACAUUUCUCAAUGAUCUUCAGAGCUGUUUACAAGGAAAGGGAACAACACCCAAUUAUAGAAUUGAACUCUGCUUUGGAGAGGAGUACCCAGACCCAAACACCCCUAAAAGCCAGAAGCUCAUCAUGGUACAGGUGCUGCCCAUGUUCGCAGUGGAUCAGCUGCAAAAGUUGAACCUGGACGAGAUGAAGGAAAAGAAUGCCGGUCCUGUGACAGAUCAAGGGAAGGAAUUUCAAAAAGUCAGUUGUCCUGCAGGGGGGGAGAACAUAACCCACUCAAAGCCAGUUCAGGAUGUUACCCUCCCUCAUGCCAGCAGUGAAGUGGGACAGGCACCAGCACACCGGUGACCCUUGCGAGGAUAAGCAGUACAGAAGAUAUAGAAUGCAUGUCGAAAAUGGUGUGUUGAACCCGUUGGCCUUUUUUAUAAUUUUUAAUUCAAAUGCAGUCACAGAUGCUAAAUUGAACUACACAUUGUAAAUUUGUCACUUCAAAAUCAAAAUGUGUGUGGAAUAGUGAAAUUAAUUCAGUGCUAUGAGGUGACUAGCCUUCCAAACAAAUCCACUGUGUGGCUAUUUGUAAGCAUGUGUCUUUGAAGGUCAAGUGUCAUGAAAUGAUGUGAUUUUAUGAAUGACAAAAAUGACAGCUGACAUGGACCCAUGCUUUUUUUUUUUUUUUUCUACCACAAAAUGGCUUAUUGGAACUCCCGCCAUGAAAAUCCUCUCUCGGGAUUUGUUUUCGACAAGAAGCAGGAAGUGACGUUGGCAUGCGGCUGAGUGUGCCAUUGCCGGCGUCCGCGAUGAACAACACUGCGCACUCAGGCGCAAGCGACGACAACACCGUAAAGCAGUUCAACUCGGCGCCGCGAUGAGCCACCUCGGUGCCACCCCGGCUGAAGCCGUGAUCGGCUUGUCACACCCAGGCCACGGCGUUGUCAUUGCUCGUGGCUCAGUACGCUACACACUGUCAUACUGUCGGGGAGUCUGUUGUUAGUUAGAAGUGAUCCGCAUAUCAUCUAAACAUGGCUCGAAACAAUAGGGUAAUAUUGCCCCGGACACUUCACUCGGUGGUGAGAUGUUCUCUUCUUCGAAAAGAGCUUUCGUGUCUGAAGGGGCGUGUCCCAUAAUAGCGGCCACAGCGUGUUUUCAAUGGCGAAUGUCCAGGGUGACAUCACGGGCAGGAGAUGCAGCCAAUAUGGCGACCACUUGGAUGUCGAAUGACACUUCCGCAACAUUGCGCAUGGAUGACGCGCUCUCCGCUCAUAUUUAGUUUUUUCAUAUGGACAUUGAAGUGAAUAAUGUAUCUAUUUUAGAAUGUUUAUAGUGAUGACGCUUGACCUUUAAAGUGAAUGUUAAUUUUUUUUUCUUAUGAACAUACCAAAACAAUUCUAAAUCUGUAAAAUUAGAGGUCAACAAAUUGUGUUUGACUAUGGGAGUCUUCGGUACUACGUAGUUUUUGUUUUGGCUUUCAGUCAGACCACAUGCUGUAUUUUGUCUAACUUUGAACGAGUACUAUGAAUAAAUCACAAGUGAUAAUUAUAUCUA